AUGCACACCACCGCCGUUUUUAAUCGGGCUCGCUGUAAAAUGUUUACGAGCAAACCUGAAAUGGAAAAGGAGCAUGAUAUAAAAUGCUUUCGAGAGUCGGCCUUCCUAUACGCCCUCACGGCUGCAGGGGUGGCACACUCGGUGGCCCGCGCAUGCGCACAAGGGCGGCUGCUGUCCUGCGGCUGCGACCCCUUAGGGUACCGCACCUCCCACGACCCGCGGAGGGCGCGCGCCAACAAAUGGGAAUGGAGCGGCUGCUCCCACAACUUGGCAUACGGGAUUGAAUUCUCAAGGAAAUUCUUGGACGUCAGAGAAAAGGUUGACGAUUUGCAGUCGAAAAUCAACGUGCAUAAUAACAACGCUGGACGAUCAAUUCUAUCAUCUCAUAUGGAAGUGCGGUGCAAAUGCCAUGGCCUGUCAGGCAGCUGCCAGCUUCGAACCUGUUGGAGAGCUACACCCGACUUUAGGGUGGUAGCAUCUACUAUAAAGAGACAAUAUCGAAAGGCAUUAAUGGUGGCCCAAGAAGAAUUAAACAGCGGCGUAUCCGUGCUAAGAGGUCGACCACGAGGCAGAAGGAGGAGUCGUGCCAAACCAGCGCCUAAAAAUAGUCUAUUAUUCUUCGAAAAGUCACCUAGUUUCUGCGACGUCGAUCCCAAAACUGAUUCAUUGGGAACAUCCGGUCGCGUAUGUCGAAUCGGGCGGACAUCCCGGACUGGGUCUUGCGAUGUGCUUUGCUGCGGACGAGGGCACGCGCUCAUGAGGAAGUCGAGUAUCAAACCUUGCAACUGCACGUUCCACUGGUGUUGCCGCGUCGACUGCCAGAGGUGCACUGACGAAAAAUGGAUAGCGGUGUGCAAAUAA